AUGCAAAUGGGGCCAUUAGGUGCAGAGGCUGAUGAGAACCAGACAGUGGAAGAAAUGAAAGUGGAUCACUUCGGUCCAGGACACACCACUCCUCCAGGGGAGCUGGCCCCUGACUCUGAACCGGAGCUUAUAGACAGCACCAAGCUGAUUGAGGUACAGGUUGUCCUUAUAUUGGCCUACUGUUCCAUCAUCUUGCUUGGGGUGAUUGGCAAUUCCUUGGUGAUCCAUGUGGUGAUCAAAUUCAAGAGCAUGCGUACAGUAACCAACUUCUUUAUUGCCAAUCUGGCUGUGGCGGAUCUUCUAGUGAACACCCUGUGCUUGCCAUUUACACUUACCUACACCUUAAUGGGGGAGUGGAAAAUGGGUCCUGUCCUCUGCCACUUGGUGCCAUAUGCCCAGGGUCUGGCCGUACAAGUGUCCACCAUCACCUUGACAGUGAUUGCCCUGGACCGGCAUCGUUGCAUUGUCUACCACCUCGAGAGCAAGAUUUCCAAGCAAAUCAGUUUCUUGAUUAUUGGCUUGGCUUGGGGUGUCAGCGCCCUGCUAGCAAGCCCCCUGGCCAUCUUCCGGGAGUAUUCACUGAUUGAGAUUAUUCCUGACUUUGAGAUUGUGGCCUGUACUGAGAAGUGGCCUGGAGAGGAGACGGGCAUCUAUGGCACUGUCUACAGUCUUUCGUCCUUACUAAUCCUGUAUGUUUUGCCUCUGGGCAUCAUCUCUUUUUCCUACACUCGUAUCUGGAGUAAACUUAAGAACCAUGUCAGUCCUGGAGCUGCUCAUGACCACUACCAUCAGCGGAGGCGAAAAACCACCAAAAUGCUGGUGUGUGUGGUGGUGGUGUUUGCGGUCAGCUGGUUGCCCCUCCAUGCCUUCCAACUUGCUGUUGACAUUGACAGCCACGUCUUGGACCUGAAGGAAUACAAACUCAUCUUCACUGUGUUCCACAUCAUUGCCAUGUGCUCCACCUUUGCCAAUCCCCUUCUCUAUGGCUGGAUGAACAGCAACUAUAGAAAGGCUUUCCUCUCAGCGUUUCGCUGUGAGCAGAGGUUGGACGCCAUUCACUCUGAGGUAUCUGUGACGUUCAAGGCUAAAAAGCACCCGCAAGUCGCAAAGAAUAAUGGCCCCAACGAUUCUUUCACAGAGGCUACCAACGUCUAA